GAAUGUCAGCCACUUAUUUUAUUUUCGGAUGCUUCUUUCUAGGCACCACAGUGGCCUUGAUUUUUCCGCAACACAAUUGCUCCGAAUAUUUUACGUAUGGCAUAGACGAGGACGGGAGUAACAUAGGCAUUUUCACGGCCAAAGAAACAGCGCGACCGCAAUUGAAUUUUAGUGUGAUUUUCGCAUGGAAAGGAUCUGCUGAUAUCGUGCCUAUAAGGAUGUACCCCAAUCCUUCUGAACUAUAUCAGAAUGUUCAAAUGGGUUUGCGUGCCCAAGCGUAUGUCAAAUUCGUUAACGUUACCGAAAUGAUGCCUAUGCCAGCUAGGUUCUAUUUUAACGAUGAGUUACUCUGCUUCAUAGAAUUACGAAGGGGCAUCGUACCAUAUCAAGGAAUAGCAAUGGAAUUACCCAUACCCCUUAAGACUUUGCGAAAUGUCCAAAAGACUCGCCCGAAAAUGCACCCAAUCUUUCCGAGAAUACAACCCACAAUCGACAUUGUAUAACGCAGAAAAUCUUAGAAACUGAAUAAAAAAAUUUCUAAAAACAUUUUCCUGCUUGAAAUAUAUGCCCCAAACAAAUAAAAACAGUUCACAAUUCAAAUGUGUCAAAUAUCGAUUUUCCUAUAUCUUAAUAUCUAAUAAGUAAUUGAAGUUAUUCAAGGACAAAGAUAUGGUUAGUUCAUCAAAGGCAUUGUAUAGUGUAUUGUAUUAAAUACAUCAUAAAUAUUUUUGUGCUUAUCUUUUAGAAGAACGAACAAACACAAAAUGCUAUGUUGUUCGGGUAAAGAGAUAAUAAAAAUUAUUAAUUAACAAA